CACAAAAUCGAAAGGCAAAACGUCAAAUUGCUCGAUUAAAAUAUAACAAAAAUCCGUAUCGUUAAGUGUUUUAGGAAUAAGAAGUACUUACAAUCCAGUGUUUUGCGAUAAUUCUGUUACCUUAAACUUAUAGGGACAUAAGAAAAGCGUAGUAAUAAAAGUGUAAUGGAGUAGUGAAGUUCGUGUGAUCGCGUACGUGUAUAAUGGCUCAAAGAUUUCCUCCGGGUGGGCCUCCUGUGGGCCCGAGCGGGCCUGGCGUGCCCGGGCCGGGUCCCGGUCCGGGACCGGGCGGGCCGGCCGGCGCGGCGCUGCCGCCGCAGCCGCGGUACACGGGGGCGCAGCCGCCGCCUAACGCCAUGCCGCCUCGACCCUAUCCUGGACCCAAUUUUCCGCAACGCAGCGGUUUUACUCCACCGCCCGUGUCCGGCGGCGGCGCGCCGCGGCCGGCGCCGUACGGCGGCGCGCCGCACCCGCCGCCGCACGCCGGCGCGCCGCACGCCGGCGCUCCUCCCGGCGCCGCCCCGCUGCGCCCCGCGCCCGGCCCGCCCGCGCCCGGCGGCAAGCGCCCGCCCGACAACCGCAGCCCGCUGCCGCCGCAGCACAAGCCGCCCAACAUGUACAACAAUGAGUACGCAGCCGGCGGCGGUAAGCGCAAGAAGCGUCUAGCGGACAAGAUCCUCCCGCAGAAGGUCCGGGACCUGGUCCCCGAGUCGCAAGCCUACAUGGACCUGCUGGCCUUCGAGCGGAAACUGGACGCCACCAUACUGAGAAAGCGGCUGGACAUUCAGGAGGCGCUCAAGCGGCCCAUGAAACAGAAACGCAAGCUGAGGAUCUUCAUAUCCAACACUUUCUAUCCAGGUCAGGGCGACAAUGCUGUGGCAUCUUGGGAGUUGCGUGUGGAGGGGCGUCUGCUUGACGACGCUAAGGGAGACCCUGGCAAGGUGCCGCAGGUUAAACGCAAGUUCUCAUCAUUCUUCAAGUCGCUGGUGAUAGAACUGGACAAGGAGCUAUAUGGCCCCGACAACCACCUGGUGGAGUGGCACCGCACUCUCACCACACAAGAAACUGACGGGUUCCAGGUGAAACGCCCCGGCUACAAGAACGUACGCUGCACCAUCUUGCUCCUACUAGACUACCAGCCUCUACAGUUCAAGUUAGACGGACGCUUAGCGCGUCUGCUCGGCGUACACACUCAAACUAGACCCGUCAUUGUCAACGCGCUGUGGCAGUAUGUCAAGACACAUCGUUUGCAGGAUCCUCACGAACGCGAGUGGGUCGUCUGUGACAAGUAUCUGGAGCAGAUCUUCGGCUGUGCGCGUAUGAAACUUGCCGAGGUCCCAGGGCGUUUGGCCGCCUUACUGCACGCGCCGGACCCCAUCGUCAUCAACCACGUGAUUGGGGUCGAAGCGCCUCACGACGCCAAGCAGACCGCCUGCUACGAUAUAGACGUUGAGGUUGACGACACGCUGAAGUCGCAAAUGAACAGUUUCCUGCUGAGCACGGCCAACCAGCAGGAGAUUCAGGGCCUCGACGCCAAGAUACACGAGACUGUGGACACAAUCAACCAGUUGAAGACUCAUCGCGAGUUCUUCCUUUCAUUCAGCAAGGAUCCGCAGCAGUUCGUGCAUAAGUGGCUCGUCUCGCAAUCACGUGAUCUUAAGACGAUGAACGGCGGCGGCGGCAACCCUGAAGAGGAGCGUCGCUCGGAGUUCUACGCGCAGCCCUGGGCCGGGGAGGCCGUCGCGCGCUACCUGUCCGCGCGGCUCACGCAGCGCCGCCAGCAACUCGACGCCGCGCUCACCCCGCAUCUCACCAGACUAUAACCGUAGUAGCCUGUGGCUGUAUAAGAGCACUGUAUUAGAAUAUAAGAAUAAACGGUUUUGUAAUCAUGUCAA